AGACUGACAGCCUGACUCGGCGAGUCUGGUGACGCCGUUCUGGUUUGACAACCACCCGACAGCCAAUCCGGAUCCAUAUCGAGCAGGAACGGAGGGAAGCAACAAAAUACAAAUUUCCCUUCCUGUGGGUGAAAACGUUACCUGCCCGCUGCUCCGUGUUUCAGGUAAAGGGAAGCAGGAGACAAGGCAAUGGCCCUGUCGCAGUGCCUGGACGAUUCACCUCUGAGAUUGGGUCCAAAACCCCGCGGGACAGACGAGCUGAACCUGCAGGAAGUGUACAACGAGAGGCACCGGCUGGCUCUGGAGGAGCUGCUGUCCGGGGGUCUUGCUAACUUUCUGGACUUCCUUGUGCGAGAGAGGAUCCCCAACUUUCUUUCGGAUGACGAGAUCCAGCGGAUCAGGAGCGCCGCCGUGCCGCCGCGGUGUUCGUCCCUCCACGGAGACGAACAGGCGCUGGAGCAGUCUCUGAGCAGCACCCUCGACUGCUCCUCCGUCACUUACUUCCCAGAGGUGUCGGACGUGGAGCCGCCGGUGCUGGAGAUCGGGUGGCCCGCCUUCACCGCGGGCUCCUACAGGGGAGUGACACGGGCCGUGGCACACUUCCAGCCCAGCUACGGAGAAUGCAUUUACAGCUGCAAGGAGGCUGCAAGGCGCAUGAUUAAAAGUGCCAGAGAGGUGAUUGCCAUAGUUACAGACUCCCUGACAGACCUGGAUAUCUUUAAGGACCUUCAGGAGGCCUGCUCCCAGCGCAGAGUCCCUGUCUACAUCCCUGACCAAUCGUGCGCCCCAGCUUUCCUUAAGAUGUGCAGAAAUGUCAACGUUCGCCUGGAUGACCUUCGGCAAAUGAGGGUACGAACUAUAACUGGCACAACUUAUUACACGCGAUCCGGAGCAAGGAUUACGGGGAAAGUUCAUGAGAGGUUCAUGCUGGUUGAUGGAAACAGAGUGGCUACAGGUUCCUAUAGGUUCAACUGGACUGAUGGCAAACUGAACAGCAGCAACCUGAUCGAGCUUUCUGGUCAGAUAACGGAGAAAUUUGAUGAGGAGUUUCGCAUCCUCUACGCCCAGUCUCUGCCCAUAAACACUCGUGGACCUCCAAGUGUCCGCAACAGCGUCAUCUACGAGCACCUCAAGCACUCAGUUGUUUCCUCCCCUCACCUGGCUAGCGAGAAGCCCGUGGAGCCAGCGUGUCUGACCAGCACGCCCAGCCGUAACCACCGAACACUACGACUGCAGCUUCCUUGUGAACCCUCAUCUCCAGAUAAAGCCAGCCCAGAGUCGGACGCUUCAACUGUAAAUGGCGACUGGAUGGAGCAGCAGGACGUGCAGGAGGAGAUCCUGGCUGGUAGCACGACUCAGCAUUUCUCUGCAGGGCAGCAAGCGGAGAAGAAAGAAACUGGGACCCCCAGCACCGGCUCCUGCCACGCGUCAACUCAGACGAGGCGGUUGGUGACAGACAGCGAAACCCAGACUGACCUCCAGCUCACACAACAUCUCAGUGUCAUUACUCAAACAAGCACAGGGCCGAGCCGGGACGCCUCUGCCCCCCUUGUGUCUUCCAGACAGCUCUUGCCCACCCAGGCAACUCCAGACACCACAUUAAAAGACUGCUUCCGCAAGCUGACCAGAGAGCGCCAGCACCACUACUCGACCAUCCGCUCCAAGCUGGAGCACAUGGUGACCGCCCUGUCUGAGAGGAGGGAGCUAGCCGACGUCACCAACGUGACUCAGGGCUUGACGCUCGCGGCAGGCAGAGGAUGCACAGACUGUGUGCAGGAACCAAAUCCCAGAAUGCCUGCUGAAAGUUUGGGCAUGGGAACAUGGCCAAGAGCCAGAUGUGUACACUAAGCUUGUCUUCAGGGAUUUUAGCGGUGGCGGGUAGAGGAGGGAAAUGUUACAAAGUUUCUCUGUUCUAAAUAAAUCAUUUUGGCUUAUGUAGGCGAAGGAGAGGAGUUUCAGCUUUAUUCUCUUUGUCUAAUUUACCGCAGUGCCCUUUCUUUUUUUUUUAUUCUUUUCAUCCUUCGCCCUUUGCAUGUUGAAACAAUCUUGCGGAGAGGUAACAAAACUACAAAUGACAUCAAUGUUGCACAAAUUAUAACCAAAGACAACAU